AUGAAUUAAUAUAAUCUCUCAAAGGGCAAAUAAUAAAAGAAGGUUAAUUUGAUUCUCACUCCUCUCAAACUUGAAACAUCCUUAUAUGUUAAAAACUAGUAUUUCGAGAAUUCAUCCUAUUAUCAACGUUCAUCCCCUAGAACUAUUCUCCCAUAAUUUACCCCCUAAAAGAAGAAGGCAUAGAUAAGUUUUCAAGAAUCGAAGAAUUCACCACAAUCCUCAUUGAUCACAUCAUUUAAAGUAAGACCAAGAAAUUUUCACUAAGAAAAAGUGUAGUUUCAAAACAAUUUGAUAAAGGUUCAAUCGAGAUUGAUUCCUGAUGAUAGUUUUAGAUUCAAAGCCAAAUACGCAGUUAGAACUAGAAAGGGAGUCUAAUUGGGCAAUGCAUCUAAAGUGAAUCAGGAUGCCUAUGUGUGUUGUGCGAAGAUUGAAAACAAUGAGUGCAUUCAUCUUUUUGCAAUUUGCGAUGGACAUGGAGAACUUGGACAUUUGGUAAGUGGGUUGAUAAAAACUCAAUUGCCCAUAUUGGUUUCCAAGAAUAAAAUGAUGUUGGAGAGGAAUUCUUCCCAAGGCUUGAUGAUCAUAAUUUAAGGACUGUCUGACAUGUUACAGUAGAGUCAUAUUGAUAUUUCGUUUUCAGGGUCUACUCUGGUGAUAGUGUAUGUUUAAAAUAAUAAGAUUUAUUGUGCAAAUUUGGGAGAUUCCAGGGCCAUUCUAUUGAGUAGAGAAGAUAAAUGGAAAAUGAAACCAUUGUCAAGAGAUCACAAACCAAGUUGUAAAGAUGAAGCUGAUCGAAUACUGGCUAAUGGAGGCAGGAUAGAUCCUCUAAUGAACAGUUUGGGUCUUUUUGUGGGUCCUCUGAGAGUGUGGACAAAUCAGAACGUGCCUGGUUUAGCAAUGACAAGAUCAUUAGGUGAUGAAAUAGCGCAUUCAGUAGGAGUCAGUGAUAAGCCUGAGAUCUUGUAAUUUGAUUUGGAGAGGAGUGACAAGGUGAUAGUAUUGGGGAGUGAUGGGUUAUUUGAGUUCCUGAGCGAUGACCAAAUAAUAAAUUGCAUCUCCCCAUAUUAUGAUACAUCAAACAUUGAGGGGGCUUGCAAUCAGUUAUUGUUGAGUGCUUGCAACAGUUGGAUGCAAAAAUGCAAUAGUUUAAUUGAUGAUAUUACUUUCAUAGUAUUAUUCUUAACUUAUUGA